AUGGAGCUGGAGAUCGUCGAGGUGGGCCCGUCCAGCCGCCCGCUGCGCUACGUCUCUCGCCCGCCCCCUCCACCUCCACCUCCACCGCCACCGCCGCAGCAGCAAGGGGAAGCAGGGGACGCCCAUGCGGCGGUGCCCCUGGUGCAGCAGUUCGACAGCGAGAAGCUCCCGCAGACGCUCGUCUCCGAGAUCCGACCCUUCCUGCGCGUUGCCAACCAGAUCGAGGCCGAGAACCCGCGCGUCGCGUACCUGUGUCGGUUCCAUGCAUUUGAAAAGGCUCAUACAAUGGACAAACUUUCAGCUGGGAGGGGUGUUCGGCAAUUUAAAACUGCACUUCUUCAGAGACUUGAGCAGGAUGAGAGCAGCACCAAAUCAAAGAUGACACAAAGAGGUGAUGCCCGAGAGAUGAAGUUAUUCUUUGAGAAGAAAAAGCAAGCCAAUGCACAUGAACUCUUGCCUGUCCUGGCAGAAGUGCUGAAGGCUCUUCUCAGCGGAACUGGCUUGGAGGGCCUUGUUGCUAGUGAAGAUUUUGCAGACUUAUUUCGAUAUAAUAUUCUUCCACUCCAUCCUAGGUUAAGUCAAAAACCAAUCAUGCUUCUCCCGGAGAUCAAAGUUGCUGUCUCCGCGGUGUUUAGUGUUCGCAGUCUUCCAUCAGCCAACAUGAAGGAUGAAAAAAAUCAUACAGAUAUUCUUCGAUGGCUGCAAAGUUGGUUUGGAUUCCAGAAAGGAAAUGUCGCCAACCAAAGAGAGCAUCUAAUUCUAUUGCUUGCAAAUGCGCAUGCUAGAUUGAAUCCCAAGUCAUCCUCUGCUCAAAUGCUUGAUGACAGAGCAGUAGAUGAAUUGUUGGCAAAAACAUUUGAGAACUAUCUGACCUGGUGCAAAUUUUUGGGGCGAAGAAGCAACAUAUGGUUGCCCUCUGUGAAGCAAGAAAUUCAGCAACAUAAACUUCUAUACAUAGCUCUUUAUCUUCUUAUAUGGGGAGAAGCAUCAAACUUACGACUAAUGCCAGAAUGCUUAUGCUAUAUUUUUCAUCAUAUGUCAUAUGAACUAUAUGGAGUGCUCUCUGGGGCUGUAAGCUUAAUAACUGAGGAAAAAGUCCGACCUGCAUAUGGAGGAGAUGAUGAAUCAUUUCUAAACAAUGUAGUGAAGCCAAUAUACAAUGUCAUAUUUCAGGAAGCACAAAAGAACAAGAACGGAGCAUCUGAUCACUCAACAUGGAGAAACUAUGAUGACCUCAAUGAAUUCUUCUGGUCUGCUGAUUGCUUUAAGAUUGGUUGGCCCAUGCGCCUUAACAAUGAUUUCUUUUUCACAUCAAGUGCAACUAAGGACUCUCAGGUUCUUUGUGGAUCAAGGUUAUCAGGUGUGCCAGAUGGCCUUGGAAACUGUGCUAGCUGUGUUCCGCUAGUGUCACUACACACAUCUCAGCACAAUGAGCAGCUAAAUCCCCAACUGCCUCAUGAGUCAUCAUCAACAGAAAACUAUCUUAAUGCAGAAGCAGCUGAACAAAGACAACAGCAAGCUACGAGUUCCAGUUCUCAACAGAGAUGGUUGGGAAAGACGAAUUUUGUUGAGGUCCGUUCUUUUUGGCAUCUCUUCAGAAGCUUUGAUAGGAUGUGGACACUCCUUGUGCUUGGGCUUCAGGUUCUGAUAAUAAUGGCAUGGCAUGGAUUAGGAAGCCCUACUCAGUUACUUGAUCCAAUAAUUUUUGAGGAUAUUCUGAGUAUUUUCAUCACCAAUGCGGUACUUCGAGUUAUUCAAGUCAUCCUUGACAUUGCUUUCUCAUGGAGAACCAAGGGAACAAUGAGAGUUGAUCAGAUACUAAGAUUUACUAUAAAACUUUCUCUUGCGGUGGCAUGGGCGAUUAUUCUUCCUAUAUUUUAUGCUAAUUCUCAAAAUUAUAAGGCUUGUUCAACUAAACGGUCUAAAGCCUUUUUGGGAAUGUUCUGCUUGUCAAAAUAUAUGGUGGUUGUUGCAUUGUACCUUGCAAGCAAUGUGGUUGGGAUGGCAUUAUUUUUUGUCCCAGCUGUCACCAACUACAUAGAGACAUCUACAUGGAGAAUUUGUAAUGUGUUGUCAUGGUGGUGUCAACCACAAUUAUACGUUGGACGAGGAAUGCAAGAAGGACUAGUAUCUAUACUGAAGUACACAACUUUUUGGAUGAUUCUAUUGUCAUGCAAAUUUUUAUUCAGCUACUACUUUGAGAUUAAGCCACUUGUGGGACCAACGAAAGAAAUUAUGAAGAUCAAUGUGAACAAAUAUGAGUGGCAUGAAUUCUUUCCACAAGUCAAGAGUAAUGCUGGCGCUAUUCUUGCUGUAUGGGCCCCUAUAAUUCUUGUCUAUUUCAUGGACACACAAAUAUGGUAUUCUGUAUUCUGUACCAUUUUCGGUGGUAUGUGUGGUAUUAUCCACCAUCUUGGUGAGAUUCGCACAAUGGGAAUGGUGAGAAGUCGGUUUUGUUCCUUACCAGAAGCCUUCAACAUGUCUCUUGUUCCUCCAGCAAUGCCAAUAGAGAGAAAGGGAAUGCCUUUUAGUUUCUUGGAGAAGAAAAUAUUCAAGAAAUUAGGUAAAGAUGAAAGACAUGACCCAACAAAGUUUGCACUGGUUUGGAACCAGAUAAUAAGUAGCUUCCGUUCAGAGGACUUAAUAAGUAAUAGAGAGAUGGAUUUGAUGACAAUGCCCAUGUCACUAGUACAUAGUUCUGGUUCUAUCUGUUGGCCAUUGUUUUUACUUGCUAAAAAGUUUUCAGAAGCAGUGGAUAUGGCAGCGAAUUUUACUGGGAAAAGUGCUCAACUCUUCUGGAAAAUUAAGAAGGAUCACUACAUGUUUUGUUCUAUAAAUGAUUUCUAUGAACUGACAAAAAAUAUUUUCAGAUUUCUCAUUAUUGGGGAGACAGAGAGGAGGGUGGUAGCUGCCAUAUUUGAUGAAAUAAAUAAGAGUAUUCAAAAUUCAAGCCUGGUGACUGAUUUUCGGAUGGAUCAAUUGCCUUCACUGUUCCGCAAAUUUGACCGGUUGGCUGAACUUCUGUUUAUAAACAAACAAGAACAUCGAUGUGAGGUGACAAUUCUGCUCCAAGAUAUUGUUGACAUUCUAAUCCAGGAUAUGAUUGUGGAUCCUCAAAGAAUACUGGAUGUGGUUAAUUCUUCAGAGAGACUGAUCUCUGAUGAUGAUGGAGCAUUCAGCUACUAUGAACCAGAGCUCUUUGCAUCAGUCAGCUCAAUAACAAACAUCCGAUAUCCAUAUUCUGAUCAGCAAAAAGAACAGGUUAAACGCCUCUAUCUUUUGCUUAGUACAAAAGAAAAGGCUGCGGAAAUACCAUCAAAUUUAGAGGCUCGGCGACGCAUUUCAUUUUUCGCCACAUCUCUAUUUAUGGAUAUGCCUGCUGCUCCCAAAGUUCGCAGUAUGUUGUCGUUUAGUGUAAUAACUCCAUAUUUCAUGGAAGAAGUGAAGUUUUCGGAUGAAGAACUUCAUUCAAAUCAAGAUGAAGCAUCCAUCCUUUCCUACAUGAAAAGGAUAUAUCCAGAUCAAUGGAAAAACUUUCGGGAACGCCUUGGUUCAAAGGUAACAAAUGAUGAAAUUAGAUACUGGGCUUCCUUCCGUGGCCAAACACUGAGCCGAACUGUACGGGGAAUGAUGUACUACAGAAAAGCCUUGAAACUACAGGCUUUCUUAGACAGGACAAAUGAUCAAGAUUUAUUUCAAGUACCUAUGGCAACUGAACAAGAAAAAAAUAAAAGAAAUAUCCACCAAACAUUAUCGGCUGAACUAGAAGCGCUUGCAGAUAUGAAAUUUUCAUAUGUCAUUUCAUGUCAGAAGUUUGGGGAACAAAAAAUCAAAGGUGAUCCCCAUGCUCAAGACAUCAUAGAUCUGAUGAUGAGGUACCCUGCUCUGAGGGUUGCUUAUAUUGAAGAGAAGGAAGUCAUAGUAAAUAACUGUUCUCAUACGAUUGAAGGGAAGGAAGUCAUAGUAAAUAACUGUCCUCAUAAGGUUUAUUCCUCUGUGUUAAUAAAAGCAGAGAAUAAUUUGGACCAGGAGAUUUACCGUAUAAAGCUGCCUGGUCCACCUAUCAUUGGAGAAGGGAAGCCUGAAAAUCAGAACCAUGCCAUUAUCUUCACUCGUGGGGAAGCUCUACAAACAAUUGAUAUGAAUCAAGACAAUUAUCUGGAAGAAGCUUACAAAAUGAGGAAUGUCCUUCAAGAGUUUGUAAGGCGUCCUAGGGACCAAGCUCCAACUAUCCUUGGGCUAAGAGAGCAUAUCUUCACUGGAAGUGUUUCAUCUCUUGCCGGCUUCAUGUCAUAUCAAGAGACAAGCUUUGUUACAAUUGGACAAAGAUUUCUUGCUGAACCCCUUAGGGUACGGUUUCACUAUGGUCAUCCAGACAUUUUUGAUCGGCUAUUUCAUUUAACAAGAGGCGGCAUAAGUAAAGCAUCUAAAACUAUAAACUUAAGUGAGGAUGUCUUUGCUGGGUAUAAUUCCAUAUUGCGUCGUGGGAAUAUAAUUUACAAUGAAUACAUUCAAGUUGGCAAAGGGCGUGAUGUUGGUCUUAACCAGAUAUCAAAAUUUGAAGCUAAAGUGGCAAAUGGCAAUAGUGAGCAAACAAUCAGUCGUGAUAUUCACCGGCUAGGUCGGCGAUUUGAUUUCUUCAGGAUGCUUUCAUGCUAUUUUACAACAGUGGGAUUUUACUUUAAUAGCCUAAUAUCAGUUGUUGGUGUUUAUGUUUUCCUCUAUGGCCAGCUGUACUUGGUUCUCAGUGGCCUGCAGAGGGCUCUGUUACUUGAAGCUCAAACUCAGAAUAUAAAGUCCUUAGAAACAGCCCUUGCAUCUCAGUCUUUUCUCCAGCUGGGACUGCUUACAGGAUUGCCUAUGGUGAUGGAACUAGGUUUGGAAAAGGGUUUCCGUGCAGCUCUGAGUGAUUUUAUCCUCAUGCAAUUGCAGUUGGCAUCAGUUUUCUUCACGUUCUCUCUUGGAACAAAAGCACACUACUACGGCCGUACUAUUCUCCAUGGGGGUGCUAAAUACCGGCCUACAGGGCGUAAAUUUGUAGUUUUCCAUGCAAGCUUUACUGAGAACUAUCAGUUGUAUUCCAGAAGUCAUUUCGUCAAAGGAUUUGAGUUGAUCUUCCUUUUGAUAGUCUACCACAUCUUUAGGAGAUCUCAUGUGAGCAAUGUGGUGCAUGUGAUGAUCACAUACUCAACAUGGUUUAUGGCAGUGGCUUGGCUGUUUACUCCUUUUCUUUUUAACCCGGCUGGUUUUGCUUGGCAAAAAAUUGUUGACGACUGGGCUGACUGGAAUAGGUGGAUGAAGAAUCAAGGGGGCAUAGGAGUGCAACCAGAAAAGAGCUGGGAGUCAUGGUGGAACGGUGAGAAUGCACAUCUACGUCACUCAGUAUUGAGUUCUAGAAUUCUUGAAGUGCUGCUCUCGCUACGCUUCUUCAUAUAUCAAUAUGGCCUUGUCUAUCACCUGAAUAUCUCUCAAGACAACAAGAAUUUCCUUGUGUACCUGCUUUCAUGGGUCGUAAUUAUUGCCAUUAUUGGUUUUGUUAAGCUUGUCAAUUGUGCUAGCCGUCGUUUGAGCACAAAGCACCAACUCAUCUUCAGGUUCAUAAAACUUUUGACAUUCCUCUCAGUGGUUACUUCCUUGAUCCUUCUCUAUUGUCUCUGCCAAUUAUCUAUCAUGGAUCUGAUCAUCUGUUGUCUGGCAUUCAUACCAACUGGCUGGGGUCUCCUCCUUAUUGUUCAAGUUUUGAGACCCAAAAUAGAGUAUUAUGCAAUAUGGGAGCCUAUUCAGGUCAUAGCUCACGCUUACGACUAUGGAAUGGGAUCUCUGCUUUUCUUCCCGAUCGCUGUACUUGCAUGGAUGCCUGUUAUCUCGGCCAUUCAAACUCGGGUUCUUUUCAACAGAGCAUUUUCCCGGCAAAUACAGAUCCAGCCUUUCAUUGUAGGCAAAACUAAACGGAGAUAG